CGAACGGAACGUAUAAAAAUAGAAAAUUUAAUUGCCAGCCAUGGUUUACAUGACUUUUCCAUCAAAUUUAACGGAGGAGGAAUUAAUGCUGCAAGCCAAAUACAACAAAUUGAAAAGAAAGAAAAAGGCUCUUCAGGACUUAAAAGCACCAAAACCAGAGCCCGAGCGCACACCUCAAACCCCAAAGCGUCCCACCGAAGCUCGAGAUGCUCGCGAGGUUGCCAAAAAGCUCAUCAAAUCCGGCGUUAUUACAGCUCCCAAGACUCCUAAAAGAGGAGAACAAGCAUUCAAAAGACCCAGAGGCUUGGAACGUAAAUUGAACAGUAUCGAAAAGGCAGUACCUUCGUAUCAGCCUUUCUCAGCUAUUCAGCAGGAAGAUGAACCCAGUGAACCACCAAGACAGAAAGUCAAGGGUUUGUAUGAGAGCUUUGUGUCGGCGAGUGAUCCUGGGAACAAGAGUCCCACUGACAAAGCAACGCUUUCCAAGCCAGAACCCUACAAAAUCAGAGGCAACACGAUAUUUGUGUCUGGUUACAAGAUAUCUGAUGAAUUCCUCAAAAAGCACUUUUCAAGAUUUGGUGUUAUUGUCAAGAUCACUAUAGAAGCCGAAAAGAAAGCAUUUAUUACAUUUGAAAAAAUAGAAUCAGCUGAACUCGCAAUAAACGAAAUGGAUGGUAUCAUGGCUUCUUCCAUACAAUUGAAAGUCUCUAUGGCAAGGAGACAGCCAGUAAUUGAAGCGAUAGGUGAUUCUGGCACUAGUUCGUUGUGGGCACCACUGGCAGCGAGUUACACAGCAAAAACGAAAACUACCGACAAGGAAAAACGUGAGCUCAAAGUUUACGAAGACGAUCUCUUUUCAUAAAGACAGGUAUUCAUAAACUUGAAUAGAAUGAUGUAAAUAUCCAGACGCUUUGUUAUGACUGUAAAACUAAUCAUGAUUUAUUAUUUAG